CAGUGUUUAUCCAAGUCAACAGAUUGUAGUAGAUUGUCCUUGUGCCAUUGAAUCACUGCAGGGUAUAUGGCAUACUGGCUCUCCCAUAGGAACAAGGCCAACCGUACGCAGUCAGGGGAUGUCCUCCAACCACAGUAUUGGAAAGCCUGACUCAGGUGGCUCGUCACUGAGAAAGGUGUCCUAGAGGUUUCACUGGUAUUUCUCUCCCGGUUCCUUCACAGAGUCCGCAUAUCAGGUUUCCUGAAAUACUUGUAUCUAUAUGAGGAAAUACAGUAUUGCAAUACACUACAUAUUAAGUGAACUAAUUGCUUGGGGAAGAAUUUAGGGAGCAGUCACAUAUAUAUUGGCUUUCCAUUGAUAAAAUUCUAUAGCUCACAUCUGUGUGUGAUUGAAUUUGAUGUGGAAGGUUUUGUACGGUGAAAUUUACUGGAUUUUGAUUUCAUUGGAAAUUAAUGUGGAAAAUUUGUAGAAAUCUUAAGGUCCAUCUCCUGGAGUUAAGUGUGAAAAAAACCGGUUGUUUUAGGAUCUCGGAUUAAAGUAUAAACAACAAUUGAUUUCUAGAUCUUCGGAGUUAUAACUGUGAAAAAGAAGUGUUUUUGGAACUGUGACUAACAAAGUUUUUGCAGUUUAACUGAACAAAAUUGAAUCGGUAAUAUUUCAAGAAAGUUUUCACUUGGAUAAUACAUUCAUAUUGUUUAGUGCUCGGGAGUCUUAAUUUCAUUGAAGUGUACAACCACAAUUUAAUAUGGAGAACAACAAGAUAAAUGAAUCAAAAGCUGAAAAGAUCUUAGGGAAGGUUACCAUGGAUACCAGUAAGCCUUCCAUCAUUGGUGGGAAUGGAAAUGGUAGCUCAUCCCCUACAGUUUCUCAGCCCCAUGUGGCCAAGUUAAAAUGCCUGGGGGAGGAGCCCUCAGGGGCAGGGGGUAGCAUCACACUGCCACCACCCACUCGUAGGAUGCCGCAUCUGCACAAAUUAGAAAAAAAACAUAGUAGUGGAGACCUACACAGUCGACUAAAGACAAGAAAGUUACUGGGUGUCGGAGAAACAGACGAUGGGGAUGUACACAGGUCAAAGUUGAGCCAGAUAUUAGGCCACAGUGACCAACUGUACGUGAGACUGCCGCCAGGACUCAGGAUAUGGCAUAUUAUCCUGGCAACUGUAUUUUCAGCAAUAGCUAUAUGGGCUUUCAUGUUCCCUGCCCAUCUGUUUGACUCAACAUUCGAGACAGACGAGGGGAAAAACCUCCGUUUACCCGUAAGACUUUACGGAACAGCAUUGAUUUGUUUGUCGAUGAUAUUCUGGAACACAUUAAAUACGGUGGACAAGGACAUCAUACGUCUGGUGCUUCUUUCAAGUGUCAUCUUCUUCACACUCCAAACUAUAGUGAUAACAAUUACUACCCUGGGAGAAGGAACCUUCACCAAAGGGUGGUUCAUAUCUCAAGGCUCACAAACCUUGCUCGUCCUAAUCAGCUACUUCUACUACUGGGCCAUAGGGGGACGUCUCGUAUCCCUCAUGAUCAUGACAAGGUCGAGCUCCACUCGGGACCUCAGGGACGUCAAAGACAAGGACCAGUAACCAUGCGAAAACAUCAGGACCACUGAACAUGGAAAUAACGAUGGUUUUCGAAUAAAAGGAUUAUAAGAAAUUGGCUGGAUUUUAAAUGUUAAAGUGAGAUUAUAGAAAGCUUAACUUGAGCUUAAGUUGAUAUUUUUUUCUUAAAAGAUUAACUCCACAAUGAUCAAUUUAUUAUGCUAAUUAAUUUCUAUAGAACUUUCUCAAGGGUUCAUUGACACGACAUCAUUUGUCGGACAUAUUUGAAUUAGAGGUAAAUUAUUUAUAAACAAUCCAGUAUGUUUUGAAAAUAUAAGUAUUGUUCGAUAUUUUUAGUGUGUGUGUUAUAAAAUGAAUAAUUUAGCAGUAUAUUUACGGGGGUGGGGGGAUAUAUAUUAAACUAAUGAACAAGGCAUAUUUUUGCUGUUGAGCACGUAUCAAUGGAGAGUAAAUGAAGGACGAAUGAAAAUGGCUUUGGGAAGGUGUACAGAACUCUCUACAUACAAUUUAUACCAGUACAGUUGGUGCUGUUUUCAAAUCUUUCAUGUUAAAGACAAACCUAUCAUGUAUCAUAUCAUUUCUACAUUAAAUUCGCACGUGCUUAUUUAGAUGAGAGUAUGGAACUAUUUAGUAUAAUAUAUUGGUAUCAAUUAUAAUUUUGAUAUGAAUAAAUUAAUGCAUUUUAGUUAAUCCCCAGAAAAACUAUUGCAAAUAAUGCAAAUUUGACUUUACAAUUAAUAAAAUGUGUAUUUUUAAUCAUUUCUUCUAUCAGAUCCCAUUUCAUAUUAUCGUUUUCAUGAUGCUUUGAUAUUUUGUAUAUAUUAAAAUUACAAUCAAACUGUUUAUGGAACUCCAUCAUUAUAUUACAGCCCUGUUUAUUAUAACAGCAAGUAUACAUAACCAUGGCAAGUGUCUGUAACUAUGGCAGCAAUUCAAGUAACCAUGGCGACGGAGUAGGUAGCCAUGUCAGUGCUGUAUGUCGGGUAACUUUCUACAACCAUUAUCACUUUGUUUUUAGAAAACAAGAUGUUUGGAUUUUUUUUAGCAGUUGUAUAUAAAGGAUGUGAAAUCUUUAAAUUAGCACAAUUUUUUGUUUAAACUGAACCUGUCACUAUCACUUGAUUACCGGUUAUUCGAUAUGGCAGUACUUUCAAAUGAUAUUGCCGAAUACCGGUAAACUAUUUUUUAGUAAUUAAGUCAUUAGUAGAUUACCUGCCAUAUAGAUUAUGAGUAAAUCCAUGUGUCACUAGUUGAUAGCAAGUAAAUUAAAGUGUAGCUUGGUAAUUCAAGGUGUCACUAGUAGAUUGCAUGCCAAACAUUUUGUCAAAAAUGCCAGGUAAUAUUGGAUGAUUACCUGCUGAAGUCGCACAAAUAAAUAUUACGGACUGUUUACCAUAAAGUUAGUAAUUCCAGAUUACCUGUUAUGGUGUACGUAAACGUAUGUUUUACUUGUGAACUGUCAAAAAAUUAAACUAUUCCAUAUGCGCUGGUUAAUUGCUGCUUAUACGAUUAUCAUAUUAUGUCAUUGGCAUUAAGCUUUCUCAGUAAAUUAAAAAUGCCCUAAAUUGACUACCUGACAAAUGAUCAAAAAAGUAAGUCAGUAAAUACUUGCUCCGGUGACAUUUGAAGUAUGCCUCAAGUGUCGGGUUAAAGUGUAAAUCCUUACUAGAACAUUAAUUGUUGAGCUCAGCUUAUUGGUGAGGAUUGAUAUACUUUCCAUCGUUUUGUUACCCAAUAUACAGAUUGUCGUCGGUAAUUCCCGAUGUUGCUUGUGCAACAUCUGCAUGUUAGCAACAUGGCAUAGAAUUUCAAGAAAGUUAAGAUAUCUAUAGUUGCGGUUGUUUAGCUAUCGUACAGUUUGUAAGUAUGUAUCGGAAUGAGGUGGUCGAUGAUUUGGUUGUGUGAAUGUGUCUCCUUGUAUACAUAUGUAACUUUGUAUUAUUAUCAUGUGGAAUAUAUAACCGUGCCUAUUUUCCCUAUUGGCACUCCCAGGAGUGCUGUUCAUGAAUACAAAGCAAAAUAUCUAUAUACUAGUAUAAAGUGCUGAGCAGCACGAGAUAACUCGGCUUCAUUUAUCCUGAAUGGGCUAUGAUUUUUUUUCAAAUCUUAAAAUGUAGAUACUGGAAACAAAAACGAUUGUUUGCUCUAUUACGACCGCUAUAAAUAAACAUCAAAUUAAAACAACAAAACAAAUGAUAGAAUGCUAAAUUCCUUAACAGAUUGUAUUUUUCAACGAUUCUAAAAUAUUGAAAUUGUUAGCAGUAUUAUCGUUUCGACACAAUUCUACCUGUGCAUCUUAUUAAGUUCUGAACUUAUUAUUUAAGUGCUUUAAGUAUAUUUAAUCUUAGUAUGACAGCAAAAACAGCAAAUCAAGUAAAAUGACAAAAACUUUGGUAGUGAAAAUUCACAGAACAAUGUGGAUCUAUUACACUUUGUAUACUCUUGCAAUAGUAAGCUUUUUUCUACAUAAGAAAAUGCACCUACUUGAAAGCGGAAGGGUGUGUUUUAAAUAAUUUAGUAAAACACUAUACAAAGGUACUAGUUAUUUCUCUACAUUUUUGUAACUCGGUUAAUUCAUGUCAAACGAUCAAAAAGCCAAAUGUAAACAUAGAAAAAAGUAUUCGGCUUGAAGUCUUUUCAUUUUCCAAAACAUAGACAAAAUAAAGUUUUGAUUUUAGUUUAUAAUCAAAACAAGAAAUUAGAUUUCAGCAGAAAAUCAUUGCUGGAGCCUGAGAAAGGUUUCAUGAAUAUCGGCCGAGGGCAACAUAAUACAAAAGAAGAUACACAUGGAACUCCUUGAAAUAUUACAAGGAGAAUAACAAUGUAUUCGGAAUUUAAAACUUGGAAAAUAAAAAUAAAAAAUCUUAAACAUGUGAUCCUUUUUACAUUUGUCUGGCAAAGCAACUACGUCAUAAAGAUAACGUUAGAUACCUCACUGGAAUAACGCUGUUGUAUAUAUUUGAACGUCUUGUAUGUCCAAUAAUUUAAACUUAAUUCUUAAUCAUAAUAGAUGAAGUUUGACACUAGCUGAACAGAUUGUUUGCUAGUCCUAUGUCAAUGUUACUAGUCCAAUAUUUUCUUCGUUUCUUCAAGGAAACAUUCAACUGAAACACAAAAAUGAGAAAAAAAGCUGUUUUUCAAAGGGAAUAUUCUUACUUCAUUAUUUAUGUAAGUCAAGUGAUAUUGUUUUUGAAAAAUGAAAAAUCAAGUCCAAAGUACCAGUGCUGCCCUUACUGUCUAGGACAACUGUUAAUGUCGAGCCUUGAUAAAUUUUAAGUUUUUGAGAUUAAAAUAUUGCACAAUAAGGAAAUUGAAGUAACGAAUUGCUUUCUGUUACAAUACAUUGCAAAUAUGAAUGUUAACUUUGAAAUUACAAAUUCAUAUGUCUAUGGAAUUUGUGCUAAAUGUUUAUUGAUAUAAUGUUUGCAUAUGGAUGAAUUCCCCUACUUGUGACCUAAGUGUCUCAUUUUAACUUCACCAGUUAUUUAAGGAAACAUUCUGAAUGGUAUCGUAAUUGUUUCAUUAUAUCUUGAUCAUCCAAUAAUGCAUUAAUUUACUUUGUAUUGUCUGUUUCGUAAAACCUAACCCAUCAUCAUCUCCAUGUGUUACCAAGAGGCUUUAUGUAUCCUAAAAGGAAUUAUGGUCUCAUUUGCAAAGACAUUAGCCCUUUCACCACUAUAGACCAUGAUGGACUUAUCCAGAUCAAUGCAUGGUAGAGUUAACUAAAGCUACAUAGGGGUGAAAGGGUAAAGGAAAAUGCUCCUGUUAACAUUUCUCACUUUGAAAUUGGUUAUUACUAUAUUCUCACGUGGAAAUUGUAUUUUACGAUAUCAGAUUUCUCGAAUAAACUUCAUUCCUCCAAUUUUUUUUCUUGAAUUCGUUUUCUAGUAUCGUGGCAGUCAUUGCAUUAUAUUCGGAAGGAUAUCUCGAAUAUCAGUGUUAUUUUCAUUAAUUUAGAUAUUUCGGCGAAUUUUUACAAUAUUUUUUUAAAUUAAGUACUAAAAUGCUUUUAAGGACAUGGUCCGGACUGUAAAGUUUGCUUCGGAGUAAUUUAUAUAUCCGUUUGGAAAUUAUGUAGUUUUCAAAUAUUGAACAAGGCUAUAAUAUUUUGUUUAAAGAUGUUUUGAUGACAUCAAAACUGCCUUUCAAAUACCAUUUGGCUAGCUCGUGGUCCGACAUGUUAUUCAGUAGUUUCAUUUUUAGACACCUGUGACACAGUUAGGAUCGGAGGUGGAAUGCCUAUUUGGUCACACAAUAUUUGGUUCCUUCAUUGGAGGCCAUGUUUGUGUCACCACAAAUGUUAUAUGUGUUUCAGCCACGUUGUGAAUGUACCUAUCACUCUAUUGUUUCAAUAUAUAGACUACAAAUAAACCAUAUUUUUGAAAUUAUGAA